AUGGCAUCAUCUAGUGAAAAUGAUGAUGACACAAUUUUUUAUGAUGCUAAUAGUAGUUGGGCUGAUAUUGAAGUAACAACACCACUUCAACAAGAUCCUCGAUGGGCAUUAUUAUCUAAACAUGACUCAUUAAAAAGAUCUGAAUAUUUUUGUACAGUUCCAUUAACUGAAACUCAGCUACAUAAUAUUGCAAGACGCGAUAAACUUCGACGGUUACGUGCUCAAGAAGAUCAUAUUAAUCUAAAUAAUCAAAAUCAACUUAUCGCACCUGCAACAUCUCCAACUGAGUCACAUUCUAUAUUAUCAUCUAUUCAAUCACAGGAAAUCGAUGAAGAACAGUUAAUAAGUACAGAUUCAUCAACAGCACCUGAUCUUCUUAUAGAUCAUAUUGAUAGUGAACAUAUACGUCGACAAAAAAAGUCUUCAAUAUCAUCAACGCCAAAACAAACUGCAUUAUAUUCAUCACCUAUAGUACCAUUAUAUCAACAACAACGUUCAUUUCCAUAUCCAACAUUACCGGUUAUAUCAUCUACUCGUAGUACAGGUGAUUAUUAUUCAAAACUAACAAAUCUAUCUGCUAUUAGUGAACCAAAUAUUGUUGAUUUAAAUCUUAUUGAUCGUCUAACUAAAUUUGAAGAAUUAUCAUCAAAUAAUCGAAAAUUAAAUGAUGAUGACAUUUUUCGACAUUCAACAACACAUAAUCUUGAUAAUGGUAAAUAUAUUCCCAUAACUGAUGCUAAUCCAAUGACACAAACAAUUUUGGAACGUGUACAUGGUAGUGGAAGCAUAAUAACAUUACGUCAAAAUUCAAUUUUAAGUAAUAAUAAUAAUAACAACAGUAGUUUAAGAAGGAAUUCAUCCGAUAAUAAUAAUAUUAAUAAAACCAAUAAUGUAGAUAUAAAUUUGUCACGUCAAAGACAUCAAUUAAAUGAUGAAGAAGAAGAGGAAGAAGAAGAAGAUGAUAAUGAAUCGACAUCAUCCGAAUCUUCAAGUACAAAAUCAAGUCAUACAAUACCAAUUUCAUCAUCAUCAUCAUCAUCAACUGCAAAUAAAUCAUCUAUAGCUGCUGUACGUGCAGCAACUUUAUUAUUUCAUGGUGGUAAACGACAGAUAUCAAGAUUAGUUAGUCGAAGUUUUUUACGUAAAGGUGGAAAAAAAUUAAGACAUCCGGAUAUAGCUGAUAUUGAUGAAGAAGAAGAAGAUAGUGAAAAAUUAUUAAUUAAUGAUGGUUCAAAUGGCGAUCUAAAAUAUAAAGCAUCAAGAAAUUUAAAAGAUCAACCACAAUUUGAUAAAACACAAUUAUUACAAACAAUUGUUAAUGCACAUCAUGGACCUAUUUGGUGUAUGAGAUUUUCACCCGAUGGUCAUCUGCUUGCAACAGGUGGUCAAGAUAGUUUACUUAAAGUUUGGGUACUUAAAUCUGCACAACCACAUUUUACUGAUGUUUCUCGUAUGACAGCAAAUCCAUCGCAACAACAAAAUGAAAUUUUAACAAAACGAUUUAAUGAAUUUCAUCAAACAAUGUCAUCAGAACAAACACCAAUAACAAUUAAUGCUAAACUUGGUCUCAAUGAAAUGCAAGCUCCACUUUAUUCAAAACCUUUUUGUGUACUUAAUGCUCAUCAAGCACCUGUACUUGAUGUUGCUUGGUCAAAAUCUUUAUUUCUACUUUCAUCAUCAAUGGAUAAAACUGUACGAUUAUGGCAUCUAAGUCGAUUAGAAUGUUUAUGUUUUUUUCGACAUGUGGAUUUCGUUUCAGCUAUUGCAUUUCAUCCACGUGAUGAUCGAUAUUUUGUAUCAGCAAGUUUAGAUGGACAUGUUCGUUUGUGGAAUAUUCCUGACAAACGUGUAGUGUAUUGGACAUUAAUUCCAGCUCAAGCAUCAUCACAAAUAACUGCUGCUCAAGCUAAUUUAAUAACAGCAGUUAAUUUUUGUGAUGAUGGUCGAAAAGUAACAGUAGGAACAUUCGAUGGUCGAUUCUUACUUUAUACAGAUUCGUUACAAUAUGAUACCGUGAUGAAUAUUGGUGAUAAAGAUGGUAGUCGAAGUCAUCGAUCAAGAAAAAAACGUCGAAAACCAUAUAAAAUUACAGGCAUUGAAUCGAUGAAUUCAAACAAUUCAAAAGUUUUAAUUACAUCUAAUGAUUCUCGGAUACGUUUAUAUGAUAUUCGAACAAAAGAGAUUGAACGUAAAUAUCGUGGUUAUUCAAAUCAAUCAAGUCAAAUUCGUGCAUCAUUUAGUCAUGAUGAUCGAUAUAUUAUUAGUGGUAGUGAAGAUAGUUGGUUUUAUAUAUGGAAAACUGAACCAAGUAAUACAAUAAAUACGAAUGGUAAUAGUACAGCUAAUGCUAAAUUAACAAGAAAACAACGACGUCAUUUUGAUCGUGCUUUUGAACGUAUUCGAGUUCAUAAUACAAUGGUAACAUCAGCAAUAUUUGCACCGAAUUCAAUUGCUAUAAUGGAUUAUCUUUAUUCAUCAAAUGUAUCGUUAUCAAGUGAUAAUAUUUCUUUAACAAGUCGUUCAAAUAAUAUAACUAAUCUUCCUCGAACUGUUCCAUUAACAACCCCAAUUUCAAAUAAUAAUCGAACACGUUUAAUUUGUAUGCAUGCAGCACCAAGUCCAAUUGAAACAUCAUCUUCAAUUAAUAAUAAUGGACCUAUGUAUGUUAUGGUAACAGCCGACUCAAAAGGACAAUUAAAAUUAUUAGUCAAUCGAUUUCAUCGUUAA